AUGGCUGCGCAGGUCGCCGCAGUACGCGCCGUGGCCCGGGGCGCGGAAGAGACGCCUUCGCUGCCACUCGGUGACCGGCCUGGUCGACCGAGGGGAGGGGGGAGGAAGCGGAAAGGUUCUCUCGGGGAUGCCGGGAGCUGCAAGAGGGCGAAGUUGACCCAGCCCCCGCUUACGGUGAGGCCCUCUCAGGCAGAGCCGCUGCCGCCGGCCUCCGUCCCCGGCCUCCCAGCGACUCCUGCCGUGCCUUCCGCCCCCGCUGGGCUUUUCACUUUCUCUCCGCUUAGCCUGCCCGCGCAGGCCCUGCACUGCGAGCGGCGACAUCACCACCGACACCGGCACCGUCCGGACAGUGGGGAUUCGGAGCCUGGCCGUUCCUCUGGGGAGAAGCCCCACAAGGGUAGGCGGGGAAGCUCCGGCGACGGGGCUCUUGGCCGGCCCAGCAAGCGAGAAACCCGAGAUGAAAAUGGCAAGACAGAAAGAUCUGACAGUCUUAUUGUAAAGAAAAUAAAGAAGAAGAAGAAAAAGAAACACAGAGAAGACAUGAGAGGGAGGCAUCUGAAAAUGUACAACAAAGAAGUACAGACAGUGUGUGCUGGUCUUACCCGUAUCAGCAAAGAGACUUUGACUCCAGGAGNUCUUGCUUUGACAUUCAGUGAAAACGAGAAAAAUGCAGCUUAUUAUGCUCUAGCGAUAGUUCAUGGGGCAGCUGCAUACUUGCCAGACUUCUUGGAUUACUUUGCUUUCAAUUUCCCUAGCACUCCAGUGAAAAUGGAAAUCCUUGGUAAAAAAGAUAUUGAAACAACCACCAUUUCAAACUUUCACACUCAGGUCAGUCGAACGUACUGCUGUGGAACUUACAGAGCAGGUCCAAUGAGGCAGAUCAGUCUUGUUGGAGCAGUAGAUGAAGAAGUUGGAGAUUAUUUCCCAGAAUUUCUUGAUAUGUUAGAAGAAUCUCCAUUUCUUAGAAUGACUUUGCCUUGGGGUACUCUUUCGAGUCUCAGACUUCAGUGUAGGUCACAAAGUGAUGAUGGGCCCAUUAUGUGGGUAAGACCUGGUGAACAGAUGAUCCCAACAGCUGAUAUGCCAAAGUCACCAUUCAAAAGGCGCAGAUCUAUGAAUGAAAUAAAAAAUCUCCAGUAUCUACCUCGGACCAGUGAACCACGUGAAGUUCUUUUUGAAGACAGAACAAGAGCACAUGCUGAUCAUGUUGGGCAAGGGUUUGAUUGGCAGAGUACAGCUGCUGUUGGAGUUUUAAAAGCUGUACAGUUUGGUGAAUGGAGUGACCAGCCUCGUAUAACCAAAGAUGUUGUUUGUUUUCAUGCUGAAGAUUUCACUGAUGUAGUUCAAAGACUUCAAUUGGAUCUGCAUGAACCUCCAGUAUCACAGUGUGUUCAAUGGGUUGACGAAGCUAAGCUAAACCAAAUGAGACGAGAAGGGAUUCGCUAUGCCAGAAUCCAGCUAUGUGACAAUGACAUCUACUUCAUCCCUAGAAAUGUCAUUCAUCAGUUCAAGACAGUGUCAGCUGUCUGCAGUUUAGCUUGGCAUAUAAGGCUCAAACAAUACUAUCCUGGGGCAGAUGAUUCUCAGUGUAUGGAAACCAUUUCAAAUACGGACACGGUGAAACUGGAAGGUGAAGACCAAUGUGUACUUAUGAAAAAAGAGUCUGAAGAAGAAAGAGAAGUACAGACUGCAACAAUAGCAUCACCAUCACUGUUUUCAUCCCUGUCGUGACUUGUUCUGCAACAAGAUUAGCUGGUUUGCCCCUUCCAGCUUUUAAAAUUAGAAUCAGAUCAGCAACACAAUCCACAGAAGGAUCACAUACUCUUUCUUGUCUGAUAUGUACAUAAUCAUACAUUUUUAAACAGCUUUUUAAAAUUUUGAUGUGAAGUUAUAGUUUUAUAACUGGGUUAUGUUUUAUUGGAGAAAACUUGCCUAUAAUUCUAUAAAGAAAGGUGACAUUCCAAAAUGUCAAGCGUAUCUUUUUUACACAGAUUAUGCAAAGUUAGAGUUGUAUUUUAUUCCCUUAGUACAGCAUGUAGUAGUGGACUACAACUUUUUGCAUUUCUUUUUUAAAAGGAUGAGGUAAUAAUUCAACAUCUCAAUAGUUUUUCCUUCAGGAAUAUCAAGUAUUUAACACUUGAUAAGUCUGAUAUCUUUUCAUCUAUUUUAUCUUUAGCUUUCAGCAUAGAAGGGAUGGUUUCUGUGGCAGAUUCACAAAGUGACUCUCCCUCCCAUUCAAUUAAUGGCUUGAAUGAAAGAGAAAGCACAGCACUUUUAAUGAUCAAUGACAUUUGUAUGUGUGAGAGAGUUUGAAAGCCUGGAGGAAGCUCAAGUUACCAGCAGUGUAGAUUAAUCCUUAAUUGCUUAAGAAGACAUUCAGUAAGAAGUUGAUGUAUGAGAUUAGUUGCAGAGUGUAUGAUCUUGUUGAAAUGAAAUUACUGAUACAACUCUUUCGUGGUCCUCUGCUUUUAAUGUAUAUUGGAAUAUUUUUUUAAUAUCUUUCCGAACUGCAUAACUUAAUACACUAGUGUCUAAUGAAAGUAACUGUUAGCAGUCUCUUUAAGGAAACUGCUAUCUUUGAGCACUUUAAGGCUUUACAAUAUUUAAACCAACUUGGUGGCUUGUUUAAUUCACAGUAGGCAUCUUAGAUGGAAACCAUCAACUUCUUCGCAUUGAGGCACUUAAUAUAAUAGGGCAGGCCUAUAUCUCCUUUAUUUUUUGAAAUUAUAUAUAACUGAUUCACAAUAAACUAUCACGUAAUCACAUAUGGAUUGCUACUUUUGCAAAUAAUUCUUGGAUUCCUUAAUGCUAUAU